AUGGAUGUAAAAAAUGCAUUUCUCCAUGGAGAAUUACAAGAGGAAGUGUACAUGCAACCACCACCAGGUUAUGGUCAAGCUCAAAAUGGUGACAGUGCAACUGAGAUUGCAGCCUUGAUGCAAUCUCUACACGAAACCUUUGCCAUCAAGGACCUUAGGAGGCUAAAGUAUUUUCUUGGCAUAGAAAUGGCUAAUUCUUCCAAAAGGUUGUUCCUAAAUCAAAGGAAAUAUGUAACUGAUAUUCUCAAGGAGACAAAUUUUCUGGAUUGCAAACCUGUAGCCUCUCCAAUUGACAGCAAACUCAAGUUUACCAUAAAUGGGGAAACUCUUCAUAAUGUGAGUUAUUAUCAAAGACUAGUUGGUAAGCUAAUUUACCUCACCAUCACUCGCCUUGACAUCACUUAUGGAAUAGGGAUAGUUAGUCAGUUUAUGCAUUCUUCCACCAUUGAUCAUCUCAACAUUAUUAAAUGGAUUCUUCAUUAUCUUAAAGGGUCCAUUGGGAGAGGAAUUCUCAUACAAAAUAACCAAUUUACAAGCAUAAGUGGUUACACUGAUGCUGAUUGGGCAGGCAAUGCCAUUGAUAUAAGGUCCACAAUAGGUUAUUGCACGUUUGUGGGAGGCAAUAUUGUAACCUGGAAAAGCAAGAAGCAAUAG